AGCCAGCUCCUCUCUACUCCGGAAGUUCAAGAAAUAGAAAAAACAAAGGUCAGCAGAGAUCUACAGCUUUUUUAAAUUCAGUAGUGAACUUUUCAUCCAAUAUUUGUGUAAAUGUAUUAAAAAAAAGAACAUAUUAUUCAAUACGAAAGAGCGACAUGGUAUACUCCGAUUUCGCUCGAAUAAACGAAGAACAUAGUGACGUGGAAUAAUCGAAAUUGCGUCAGACAAUCUCAUUCUACAUUGUAUUGUCAAUGGUAUAAGAAUAUUCUGGAAAGAUUCAUCGAAUAUACAAAGGAAAAAAUAAUUUAUAUUUAUAAGAUGGCAGAAAUUACAAAAAAUUACAUUAGCACAUUACAAGAGCUGUCAACGAAAAAAGGAUUUGAAGAAACAAAAAAGAAGCCAAGCAUGAUGCUGCAAGAAAUAUGCUAUUGGCUACAAAUAAUCUAAUUUCGUUCCCAGUAGUUACUUCAUCAAUUACAAACGUACCACAAAAUCCUACAACAGUUUACAGUACUCCAAAUGAACAGAUACUACAAAAUCCUGCAAAAGUUUACAAUACUCCAAAUGAGCACGUACCACAAAAUCCUACAACAGUUUACAGUACUCCAAAUGAACAGAUACUACAAAAUCCUGCAAAAGUUUACAAUACUCCAAAUGAGCACGUACCACAAAAUCCUACAACAGUUUACAGUACUCCAAAUGAACAGAUACUACAAAAUCCUGCAAAAGUUUACAAUACUCCAAAUGAGCACGUACCACAAAAUCCUACAACAGUUUACAGUACUCCAAAUAAACAAAUACUACAAAAUCCUGCAAAAGUUUACGAUACUCCAAAUGAGCACGUACCACAAAACCCUGUAAAGGUUAUCGAUACUCUAGAUGACUACUUUAAUUACAUUGGAAUGUUACAAGAGCUUUGCCAACAACAUGAAAUAUCAAUGAAAACGCCUCAGUAUAAACUUCUCCAUGAGGAUGGAUUACCUCACUCGAAAAUAUUUGUUGUAGAAGUCAGCUUGGGAUCACUAUGUGAAACAGGCUCGGCAAAAUGUAAGAAGACUGCUAAACAAUGCGCUGCAAAAAAAAUGCUACAACGUCUGAAUCCAGAUAUAAUAUUUGAUAAAAACACACGUAAGACCGACGUGUAUAAGGAGAUACUUAAGGAUAAUAUACAAGAAUUAAGUACCAAAAUAAUAGAAUGUGCUAACAUUAAAGAAGAUACUUUAUCAGAGGACAAGAAACGAUCAGAGGACAAGAAACGAUCAGAAGAAGCAGAGUCGCUCUAUUUGAAAUCUAAAAAAAUUAGUACAAUCAAUAAAGAAAUCAAUCCCUUAUCACUCAAUAACUUACAUUUGUUAUUUAAACAGAAUUACUCGAAUAAAAUUCCAAAUAGUUUGAAAGAAAAAAUGCAGAUUAUAAAGGACAAAUACUUUGAUCGUUCAGAUAUCAUGACUCGGAUCAGAAAAGAGAUAGAAACAGUAUUAAAAGUUGAGAUACAACAAAUCAAUGCAUGCAGCAAAUCAAAGAACCACUUGAUAUGCUUACGCUUGUUAUCCGAACCUUGUAUUACGCAAUUCGGCAUAAGUGAGAGUAUAACUAUAGCAGAGUGUCGCGCAAUGUAUAAUCUCAUAGAAGCUAUUUUAAUUUUUAUUAAUUAAUUUUGAACGAGUUUGAAUGUUCUAAUUUUAUAUGUAUGUAUA